CCUCACGCACAGCUUACGAUCGCCGUAGUCUUCUGUUUAGACCAGUGCAAAGUCAUCUUGUCGUGGCCUGCAGGUCAGCUGUUAGGACCGGGCAGCUCCCUCCCACCCACACCUCGCAACUGCCUCCACAGACGGAGAAACAGGAAGUCAUAAUCAUGGACGUGAUAAUCGGUAGCGUGGGCAUGAGACCGAAAGAGAGAGAAAUAGUGUGAGCAUGGGAUCAGGAGCAGAGAAGUGAAGUUUCAGGUGGACAGACAAACAGAGCACCUUACCCCCUCACAGAGCCCUGUAACCAAUGGCAACCUCUGUCCAAACUCUUCCUUUGACCCGCGGCCCCAACAAAAACUUCCGUAACCCGUUGCCCGUCUCGUCCCGUUGCGGCAUGGGAAGUGUAGGCAGCCUGGUGGAAAGGCCAGAUGUUUCUCCCACUAAAGGCAGCCGUGCAGUGCCCCAGGUGAGACCCAAACAGACCAACGGCCUCCUGAAGAAAGGCUUCACCCAAAGAGAGCUUCUCAACUACCUCAACAUCACCAGAAAAGAGCCUAAAGCAAGUGACGGUAAGAAGGACGUGAUCCCUGGCCUCGGCUCUGCCAGCGGUCGUGAGGAGGACAGAUUAUACGCCAAGGUCUACCAUAAAGACGGCACCGAAGUAGAUUUGACAAAGAACUCACUGCCAAGUGGGGGCAAGUAUGAAAAGGCUCGUUUGAGGUCUGCCUUCAAGCCUGUCACCCCCAAAAACUUCACCUCCAUGCAAAACCUAUAUCCGUCUACCAAGUCGGAGGAUGUAGACCAUGGCCUUUCAAACGGGCUGCACAGAGCCUACGCCCAUGUCCCCAAAGCCGUCUCCACCUCUUCCUCCUCUUCCUCACCCUCGCGUCACGGAGGACCAACAUCCAGUGGUAACAAGGCCCUCUCCUCGGUGCGUGGGAUGAGCCAGGAGGAUGAUAACCUGUCAGACUCAGGCCAUAACUCCAUGAGCAGUCUGCCACCGUACCGGCCUCCCUUCCGCCCACACCUGUCUCAUAUCAGUGCAUCUAUGGGCCAGAUCAACACCAUUGGCUCCCUGGACCGUACCUCUCUGGGCCCGAAGGCUGUAGGGCCAGGGGGCGUGGCCAUAGGAGAGAUGGCGUGUCGGAGCAUGGCAACCCUGAGCCGUCUGGCUCCAUAUGGAGGGGAGGCUCCGCCUCCUUAUGAAUGGACACUCUCCCUGUCUGUUGAGGAAGUGGUCCGGGAUCUGGAGGAACGCCUGGUGGAGAAAGAACAUGAGCUGAAACACAUGAGGAGAAACCUGGAUGAGAGUGAGGGCGCCAUCGCUCAGGUGUUUGAAGGGAAACAGCGUCUGUGGGAGAAGGAGGUGGAGGAGCUGAAACGCCUGUAUGCCGCCAAGCUGCGUCAGGUUUCCCAGCAUGCCCAGCGUUCCCAGCGCAACCUGCAGUUGCAGCUGUUCAAGGCCCAGCAGGAGAAGAACCGACUGCAAGAGGAGCUCGACGGCCUGAAUGGGGAAAGGAGCGAGGAGGACGGAGCCAUGGCAAAGCGGACCAGUCCCACUCUGGAGGAGACGCAGUGGGAGGUUUGCCAGAAAUCCGGGGAGAUCUCCUUGCUGAAGCAGCAGCUGAGGGACUCCCAGUCGGAGGUGGCCCAGAAGCUCAGUGAGAUCUUCCAGCUGAAGACGCAGCUCAGGGAGACCCGCACAGAUCUGCGCAACAGGGAGGGCCAGAUAGAUGCUUUAAAGCUAGUGGUGCAGGGGACGCAGCGCCGCAGAUGCCCCGCUCAGACUGCACAUGAGGAUGGAAAAGGAGCUGAAGAGAAUGCUUCUGCUGGGGCAACAGGAGGGUACGGGGGCCCAACAGAGGAGCGUCUGCGUGCAGAGCUCCUGCUGGAGCGCCGCCAGAGCGAGGCCCAGGCCACGGCUUUCGAGGAAGAGAGGCAGACGUGGCAGACAGAGAAGGACAAGGUCAUCCGCUACCAGAAGGAGCUGCAGGCCAGCUACUUAGAGAUGUACCACCGCAAUGAGGCGCUGGAGAGGGAACUGCACCAGCUGAGGGCGGGCAGAGAGCAAGGAAGAGGAGGAGGAGGAGGAGGAGGAGGAGGAGGAGCAGGGAGCAGAAAUGGGACAUUGGAAAAAGAAGUGCCGGAGCUGAGGAGUGAGAGAGCGGGUGAAAAACAGGACGACAGGCCUUCCUCUGGUUUGCCGUGGAUAGACAGAAUUGAAUCAUCAGAAAUUUGAAUGUGACAGACUCGCGGGUAUUUGCAAUGCAAAGUAUUUUUUUCCCUGAACUCUGGUUUAAAGAAGGAAAGAAAUAGACUCACUACAUUAAAAUGAUGAGAUAGUGAAUCAAAGAUUAUGAGACGGGUACAAAUGUGCACAUGCUAAAUUUUGACCAAAGUCACAUUUAUGAAAGAUAUAAAAUAAGUAAUUGUGAAUAAAUCAUUUAAAAAAUCUGAACGCUUUCUAAAACAAAAUAAUGCAGUCCUUAGUCAAGAUUUGUGAUCUACGUAAACGUGAUCAGCUACUAAGUUACAACUUUGACUUUUCAUCAUGCAUCAUUUUUGAUGUUCUAAUCUUCUCCUGGAGAAAAUGGGCUUCCAUAGUUCCCAACCCUUUGCAAUUCCCUUGUUGAUUGUUAAAUACCCUGAUCCUGCAGAGACUGGACCAAUACCAUCCUACAGAACACACUAACGCUGAGGGCAGCUGCAGAGAUGCUGUCUGUGCCUCAUUGGUCCUUGGCAACUAUGUAAACAUGCAGCCAAACACCUAAACUGUCGCGCUUUUAAGACUGCUGACCAAUUAUAAACUUGUAAAUGAGCAAAUUGAUAUCUUGAUUGUUACUAUUUUGUGUUCAUUUUGGUAGUUUCUUUUUUGGAUUGGAUUUUUUUUGUACAGGAUUCAGGGGGAUUUAGUGUGGCCCAGUGACGUGUCAGCACCUGUUCAGUCUGUGCAGAAGGUUCUGUGCCUCUCUGGGUGAAGUAUCAAGGAUUAAAGUGAUCUUGUUCCACGGGACUGAUGCUGUGUCUUAGCCUUCAAGAAAACUGCGUACCACGCUUAAACAACUGCUGAUGUUCCUUCUCAUUCAGUUUCCAGCUCCUGUCCUAUGUAUUUUGUACAUAAUGUCAUUUUGAUUUGAUUGGCCUUUAGUCAUGGUACUUCAAGCACACUGUUGUCUUAAUGGGCAUAUUUCCACAUCUGUUGAUUGCGAUGAAAGCAACGCUGGACAUAACUGUCCUGCUUAUUGGUGCCCUCAUCCAGCCAAUAAUAACUCAAUGCAUGGCAUAAGUGAAGUUGUUCUCUUGUAUCGUUUAUUUUGAAUACAUGAACAUUCAAACGCCAGCUCUCAACCGACCCUUCAACAUACUGUGACUCUUGUCUAUUUACUGGAAUUAAAACUGUACAGUAUAAAUAUAUAUAUGUCUGUUUUGG